AUGAAGCCCUCACCGCCGCAUAGCAACCACCUCACCCGCGACAAACGCUUACAAGUACAGGCCCUACGCCUUGCGAACAAUUCGCACAAAUAUAUCGCUAGCUUCCUCAACUAUAUAGAGAGACAAGUUCAGUACACAGCUGCUCGUGAACGCAUCACACCAAAGAAGCUCCCUGAUCGCCCUUCAAUCUUUACUGACGCUCAGAUUAAUCAGAUUGAGGUCUUCAUCUGUAGCGCUCGAACUGGUAGACUACUGAGCUACACUCAGUUAGCUAAUAAGCCUUUCUCCGACGCUGUAUGCCAGCGAGGCCACCCACGCUGUGUAGGCCUAGCUAGGCCGCCUCUCUCGCCCUCGAGUCGACGAAAGCGCCUGAAGUGGACCCUGCCUCCCUCCUCAGCAGAUCUCAAUCCAAUUGUGAUAAUUUGGAAUUUGAUGAAGGAUUGCAUCCAUAAGCACUAUAGAGAUGUGCAGCUCUCCUACGAUCAUUUACAAGUGGCAGUACGAGUAGCCUGGGAUUCAAUUACAGAAGCUCAGCUUCAAGAGCUUUUUGAGAGUAUGAGAGAUCGUUGUGCAGCAGGAACUUGCUACGCAGGAAGCGUUCGUAAAAUACCAAGUAUUGUAUGUAAUUAA